CUUCCGCUUCGCGGUUGCUAGGCUACCGGGGCCGGAGCUGAGCGCGGUGGAGGCUUCUCCGGUGUGACCAGCUGCCCUUUUGGAAGUUGCGUGGGUACUGUGGCUGGAUGCCAGUGUCACCGACUGGUCUUCAGCGUACCAUGCAGAAGUAACAUGUUCCCAGCGCUGGAAACAGAGCUAAAGCAGGAGACUCUUCCUGAUCCCUAUGAAGACUUUAUGUACCGUCACCUCCGGUACUAUGGCUACUUUAAAGCUCAGAGAGGCAGUUUACCAAACUCUGCUACGCCCCAGCAUCUUUGGAAGAAUAAUCCUCAGUGCCUGUUGAGUGGCUCUGUUGGGGAAAGACAUGAUUUGAUCCCAGACCCCCUGCAAAAGGAGAAGCUUCUAUGGCCCACGUGUCUGUCCUCAACUGUGCGCAGACAGAUAGAAGCUGUGAGCAGAGGUUCCCUUCUGCUGAGUUCACCGCUUCUCAAGAGCAGACAGCUUCUUCACAAUGACUUUGGCGAAGUGAACCCACGUCUUCGAGAACCCCGAGAUCUCUUUGCCUUUUUGCCUAGCAGCGGGCCCCUACAGGCUCCAAGAUGGCCAAUAGAAUGUGAGGUCAUCAAGGAAAACAUUCAUCAUAUUGAGUGGAUCCCACCUCAACCGGAAUAUUUCUAUCAACCUACAGGAAAUGAAAAGGUACCAGAAAUUGUAGGAGAGGAAGAAGUCACAGUUGUCUAUCAAUUAGAUUCAGUGCCCACCGAAGGCUCCUAUUUCACCAGUUCCAGAGUGGGAGGCAAACGAGGAAUUAUCAAGGACCUCGCUGUCACGCUGCAAGGACCAGAAGAUAAUGCUCUGCUGUUUGAAUCACGAUUUGAGAGUGGGAAUCUGCAAAAAGCUGUCAGAGUGGACACCUAUGAGUAUGAACUCACCUUGCGAACCGACCUCUAUACGAACAAAUACACUCAGUGGUUUUAUUUUCGAGUUCAGAACACCAGAAAAGAUGCCACGUAUCGCUUCACCAUCGUCAACUUGCUAAAACCCAAGAGCCUUUAUACUUUGGGGAUGAAGCCACUCAUGUACUCCCAACUGGAUGCCAACAGCCACAACAUUGGCUGGAGGAGAGAAGGAAGUGAGAUCAAGUACUAUAAGAGCAACACGGAUGGCGGGCAGCAGCCCUUCUAUUGUCUCACGUGGACCAUUCAGUUUCCGCAUGACCAGGACACUUGCUUCUUUGCACACUGCUACCCGUAUACGUACACCGAUUUGCAGUGCUACCUCCUGUCCGUGGCCAACAACCCUGUGCAAGCUCAGUUCUGCAAACUCCGAACUUUGUGCCGGAGCCUAGCGGGAAACGUCGUCUACCUGCUCACCAUCACCAACCCGUCCCGGACGCCUCAAGAGGCAGCUGCGAAGAAAGCCGUGGUCUUGAGCGCCAGAGUCCACCCCGGGGAAAGUAAUGGCUCCUGGAUCAUGAAAGGCUUUUUGGACUUCAUCCUUAGCAACUCCCCAGAUGCCCAGCUCCUCAGAAAUAUCUUUGUCUUCAAAGUGGUUCCCAUGUUAAAUCCAGAUGGAGUCAUUGUGGGGAACUCUCGGUGUUCGCUGGCUGGAAGGGACUUGAACAGGCAUUAUAAAACCAUUCUUAAGGACUCUUUCCCUUGCAUCUGGUACACCAGGAACAUGAUCAAGAGACUUCUUGAAGAAAGGGAGGUUCUCUUGUAUUGUGAUUUCCAUGGCCACAGCCGAAAGAAUAACGUCUUCCUGUAUGGCUGUAACAACAACGAUCGCAAGUACUGGCUGCAUGAGCGAGUCUUUCCUUUAAUGUUAAGCAAAAAUGCACCAGAUAAGUUCUCUUUUCACAGUUGUAAUUUUAAGGUCCAAAGGUGCAAAGAAGGAACAGGCCGAGUGGUGAUGUGGCGGAUGGGGAUCCUGAACAGCUACACCAUGGAGUCCACCUUUGGCGGCUCCACCCUGGGCAAUAAAAGAGACACUCACUUUACCACUGAGGACCUGAAGUCCCUAGGUCAUCAAGUCUGUGACACCCUUCUGGACUUCUGUGAUCCUGACCGAGCCAAGUUCAUGCAGUGUCUAGAAGAGCUUAAAGAGCUCUUACAACAGGAAAUCCAUAAGAAAUUCAAUGAACUUGGACAAGAUAUGGAAUUAGAAGGAAAUUGGAGUGGCAUCUCUUUGUCUGACAUUGAAUCCAGCACCAGUGGUUCUGACAGCUCCCUCUCGGACGGCCUGCCUGCUCACCUACUGAACAUCGCACGUGAGUUGAAUAAGAAGAAGAGGCUGUAUAAGAAAAAGAAAAAGAAGCCACUUCAGACUAGGAAACAGCGAAAUGAGCAGUAUCAGAAAAAUUCUUUGAUGCGGGAGUUCAAGUUAACAGACGUCGCAGAAAGAGCAGGGUUUGCUUCUACUCUGCAAAAGCCGCAUGCCUUUUCCAGAAAUUCCAAGAAUACCAGUUCUUCAAUGGUGAGAAAUGAAAAACCAAGACUGAAUGAGUCACAGUUAAAUGCGAGAGACAAAGACACCUCCCUGGACCCAUCGAACGUGACUGCCUUGAUUCUGUCUCAGAGUAAAGAGAGAACGCAGAGAGAGAAGCCAGGAUUUACAGCUUCAUGUUCUGCAAAGAGAAGCACAAACCGCAGCCAAGAGCCAGCUCGAGACAUGAAGCCGAGCUGGUCCAGAAACAGAUAUCCUGUUGCAAAGAGAGGCCGCGCCACCCUGAUGGUGUACCCAUCCUUGCACGUAUACACGUACCCGUAAGGUGCCCGGGCCGCGCCACAUGGGCACUCCCCAGUGUGUUGUAGACUAGAGGCUUCUUGUACCAAGGGCAGUUGUGUGAUUGGGAGCUCCGCUCCUUUGUGGUAUACUGCAUUGUGCGUUCAUCAUGCACCGUCCUGACACUGUGUGCUUACACUGCGUGCAUGCCCUCAAGAUGCAUACCUCAUGAAUUAAAUUAUUUUUUGAUAAAGUGAAAUUUUAUGAUGCUGUAUCGAAAAGCUUCGUUUAUCAGAAGUUGAAGUGUGUGCUCGUGCGACCACAGCACAGAUAUACCUCAUUUUAACCAAUACAUAUUCUCUCUCAAAUUAUGUGCAAAUCAGUUUUAAGAGAUCAAACUCUAUUUUAAAACAUUCUGGGAGCGUGCUAUGUUAAGGAAAUCCUGUGUCAAAGCUUUGGAGCGAUGAGUGGUCCGUCAAGCUGUGGCCUGUCGGGUUUGCUCAGAGUGAGGCGUUCCCACCUAGAGAAGACAGCUCAUGUAUUACUCGGAGUCUAAUGUUGCAUAUAUUAUGUUCAACAUGGUUAUAAAAGUUUUUUAACCCAUUGAUUAAAAUUUUUUCUCUCUAA